UCGCUAGGUCUCGCGUACCCUUGCGGAGAUCUUCCAGUCCAGUUCAGUUCUUCGCUGCAGAAAGACAUGGCCGAUUCUGACAGGGUUCCACUGACGCCUGGAUCUGUUAUCAAUGUCCCGCUGGGCUCCAAGCUCGAGAUGCAGCUCAAGUUACCAGGAUCUGAGGGAGUCGUCACGCUGCCCGAAGACUCUUCCAGGACUGUUCAGCAGAAGAUGGAAAAGACCGUCUCUCAACAAUCCAAGCGAGUUGCGCAGAUAGGAGAUUCGACCGUUACAGAGACGAGCCAAGCCGUUCAAAAGAUGAUGCACGAUUCGAAGCAAAUGGUUAGCCAAUCGUCCAUCGAUUCCGAGACGGAGUCUAGUCGUGUUACAAAGACAGUGCAGCAGAAAAUGCAGUACUCGAAACAGACGUAUUCCUCAAGCAGCACGUUCGAGUCUUCUUAAGGUUCUUCUUCGGGAUUCAAGUGGACAGAAGUCGUGUGGGACCCAUCCCGUUGUACUGUGUCAACAACAAUUUCAUAUACGAAUUACUACGCCAUGCAAAAUCACCAGCAAGGACACCCGCCUGAAUAAUAAUAAAGAAACCCACCUGACAGUUCAUCCGACUGCUCUUUGUCAACGCUGCCGUUUAUUCUACAUUAUUUUGCAUCUGCUGUAUGAAGCUUUGGGCCUUUUCGUGUUUGUCUUUUUGUUCAGUGUUGUAUUUUCUGUUCACUUUUGAUAAAAACCGCACGGCUAAUAAAUGCUCCGUUUGGGACUUGCCUAUUAUA